UAAGGUCGUUCAGGUUUUUUGUGAACAUUACUAGCCACGAUUUGAAUUAGCCUACGUGACGAACCGGUUUUCUCUAUAGUACAGUUUCUGCUUUGUUUGUCGGUUCGGCAAAUUGGUUCAGGAAAUUACUCCCGCGUAGCACAGUUCCUUGUACGUGAAACGGCAACAGCUUUUGGCGCUGAAAAGAUUUAUUAUUCAGUACAAAAGUGAUCUAAACUUUCUAGGCCGCGUCACCCUUUCAAAAAUAACAAUCACCAGGGUGAGGAACUGAAAGAAAUUUAAGGGUCAACGUCGAAGAACAUCAAUAUGGCCACACUUGAGCAACUAAACCACCAAGAAUCGCUUCUCAAGCAAAAACUUGAAGGAACAAAAAAUAUCACAGAGCGAAGAAAACUCCGGGCGGAACUUCGAUCUGUGAGGGACCAGAAAGAAAAAUUGUCAGAUGUUAACACCAACGACACGAGAACAACUACCAUGUCAUCAAAAUUUACGAUGUCCGUGAAUAGCACAGAGAAAAGGAAGUAUGAAGAAAGAACCAUACGCGUUAACAGAGAGGAAAGUCCAGCAAGGAAAGAGAACGUUGCCCCACAGCAGCCCAGAAGUGCUCGAAGCACGUUUAGUUUCAAAAUGACGGAUAAAGACGAAGACAACAGCGAAAGUCGCGCAGUUGAAAGUAGUUCAUGGAGACGCCAGACCAAUCAUGUGAAUUCCAGUAUAGAUGAAAAACGACCACGAAAAGAACAAGACCUCAACAACAACAACAGUGAUGUGAAAAAGGCCGAGAAAGAGGAAUCUCCGAAAAGAGUCUCGCGGCGAUCAUCUUUGGCAGAAUUGUUCAAAAUUGAACAGGAAGGGAAGCAGAAACCUACAAACCCUACCCUACCCCCACAGGUGUCAGCUUCCUCGUCACCAGUGCUUAAGCGCUUACCUAUGGAAACUCAUCAGGAUACGAAGACCAAGCAAGACUUGUUACAGAAUCUAGGGCGACUUCGUGGCCGGCGAAGGUCCGUUCGUGAGAUCGAGAGGAAAGAGGAAUUGGAAGGGUUGAUGUACGUAAAAAGUGGGGACACAGUCAAACUGGUGAAUACCUCACAAGGCGAUGAGCAAGUCAAGGAACAGAGAAAGGUCCGGCGUUCCUCGCGGAAAGAGAGUCAUGAGAAGCUGAAGGUCGAAGGAAACACUAUCAGCAACCGAAACGAAACAGAACUGUCGGCCAUCCAGGAGAGCCCUCGAUCUCCAAACGCAAAGAAACGAUUCGGAUUUGGCGAUGAAGACAACGCAGCUCAGAAAAGGCUUGAAACGCCAACGCAGAAAGAAGAAGCUCCUAAGGCUAGAAUCUGGCAGCCCCCUCCACCCACUGAUACAAAUGUGGAACCGAGCCGCCCAGGGAGGCAGUGGUCUGCUCCAAGCCCUCAGCGGGUAGGGCCUCCCAGGCCUAACUCAUUCCUACCACCUAAAGCAAAUGAGCCUCCCAAGUUUGGGCGGCCAGGAGGAGGAGCUAACGGUGGCGGAAUGGGCUCAGUGAAGGAUCGCAUGGCUUUCUUCAGAAAAGCUGCCGAGGACGAGAAAAAAGCAAAGGAAAAACAGUUCGUACCAAAAUCCCCAACAACGCCUGUCAACAGGUUUACUGCCCCUUCGCCCACCAGUUCCACAGCUCCGUCACAAACAACGGCGAAGCCUGCAACCACUCCAACAAGCCCAACAGAAAAGGUCUCGCUAAAGAAAGCUCCGGAUCCGAACAAGGCUCCAAGGGAAUUGAAAAAGAAACCUCAACUCAAACGGCAGAUGUCAGUAUCUUCGUUGAUUUUGACGUGGUGUAAAGAUGUCACGCAAGAAUACGAGGGAGUAAAUAUCACUAACUUCAGUGGAGCCUUUAGUAAUGGUUUAGCGUUUUGCGCUUUGAUCCAUAAAUUUAACCCCGACAAGUUCGACUACAACUCGUUAUCCGCUGAAAAUAGAGAAUACAACUUCAAGUUGGCUUUCGAAACUGGAACUUCUGUUGGGAUACCCGCUCUCCUAGACGUCGAGGACAUGGUUCGUCUCAAAAAACCGGAACCGCGCAGUGUCCAGUGUUACGUUCAAAUGAUAUUUAGUAAAUAUCGACCAAAGGAUAUGGACAUGUCCAAUCUUAUUAUAGCUUAAACAGUAUUUGUUAGAAAUUGGUUCCACUGAAUUUUGUGAAAACAGUAGGAGUUUAUUUUUUAAAGAGGGGCGCAACUUUUUUUUUAAGAGAUCUCGUUCAGUGGACGUUGAGGCUGAAAUCUAAAUGUGAAUGUUCUGUGUAGGAAUCUUCUCAUAAUUUGAUUUGAUUUCGUUGGUGUUCGCAUUGCAUUGGCCAUCACCACAUUCAGUUUUCCGAGAGGAAAAGACUCUGUGGCCAAUCGAACAUUGUGGGGGACCUUAUCAGCAGUGCAGAUCGUUAUUUGAGUAAUCUUAAAAGUCAUGUGCAACUACACGGUAUGAAUGCUCAAAUUGAAUGAAUCUUAAUAUUGAACCCAGUUUCUAUACAAAUCCUUCGAACCUUUGAAACUUUGGGGUCUGGGAAGGAAAAUGAAUUAAGCGACAGAGAUAUAUAUCUAAGUCGAAUUUCUUGGAAAAUAUCUGUUUCAUACAAGAUAAUUAUAUUCAUUCAUAGUUAAGAUACGUGAUGCUUGAAGCUGCCGGGUACAAAUAGGUCAUCAUGUAUUUAUAGAGUGUACAAGAACCGCCUGUUUGGUUGGCUUCUCAAAUAAUUUGAUGAAUCGAUACAGUAGUUUUAUGUAAGUAGAGUUAUAUUUUAAUGUUAUCGAGUAGAGAAUUUUAAUCAAAAGAAUUGACUUUUACCUAGAA